AUGGCAGCAACUACCACAAACGUCCCAGCUGGCUGGCUCGGGAACCUCGAUGCAUCACAAAAGGAAAAGCUAGGACAGUUUUGGAGGAUCCUGAUGCAAUCAUGGGACCCAAGCAUCCCUGCGAUAAACAGUGAAUCAAACGGAAGUGCGACAGUACAUCGACGGUUUUUCUCCCUGAGUCGGCGCACCGAACCUACGCAGGAGGAGAUCUCUGCGAUCCCUGAAAAUCUGCUCAAGACUCUGAAAAGCCUGCAUGCAAAUGCAACCGAAAUUAAAGCUGUGGGGUCGCUUCUGUCCAAGCUGCCGGGCGACGACCUCCGAGCUGCCUACCUGACAAUCCUCAAACAAGACCAUCCCGACGCGCUGUGCCUCCGAUUCCUACGCGCAGAGAAAUGGAAUGUUCCCAAAGCGUGGAUCAAAUUUGUCCGAGCCUUGAAUUGGCGGGUUAACGAAUACAAAGUGGACACUGAGGUGUUGCUCAAGGGCGAAAAGCAUUACCUGGCCAAAUCACGGCAAGCAGAGAACUCGACUGAGAAAAAGGAUGGCGAGGGCUUUGUGUUACAGCUCCAGACUGGAAAGGGCCACUACCAUGGUGCCGACAAAUGGAAUCGUCCCAUUUGUAUUAUUCGAGUGCGCUUGCAUAACCCGAAUGAGCAGACCCAAAAGGGACUGAACGACUACAUCAUCCAGUGCUGUGAGACGGCUCGAUUACUCAUGGUUCCUCCGGUAGACACAAUGUCCAUUGUUUUCGAUCUCACUUCAUUCAGUCUUUCGAAUUGGGACUUUCCUCCUGUCAAAUUUAUCGUCGACUGCUUCCAAGAGAAUUAUCCAGAGUCUCUUGGUGCGAUGAUCUUCUACAACGCGCCGUGGAUCUUCUCCGGCUUCUGGAAAAUUAUUCACGGAAUCCUCGACCCAGUCGUUGCAUCCAAAGUGCACUUCAUCAACGGUGCAAAGGAGCUCGAGCAACUUAUCCCCAAGGAGCACAUUAUCAAGGAACUUGGUGGUGAAGAGGAUUGGGAGUAUGAAUACAUCGAACCUGCAUCUAAGGAAAAUGAAAAACUGAAGGAUACCGAAACGCGGGAUGAGGUACUUGCACGAAGGAAGACACUUGGAGAUGAGCUCUUCGGUCUCACCGCGGAAUCAAUCUUAACGCCCGAGGCUGAAGGGUUGAAGGAUCGCCGAGAUGAGGUGAUCAAGAAGUUGUGCGAGAAUUAUUGGGAGCUUGACCCUUUUGUACGCUCUAGUACUGUUCUGGAUCGAACCGGUGUUAUCAAAUCCGGGGGAAAGAUUGACUUUUACCCUGAAGAAGCUCAGACCCAGACUGAGAAACUGAAAACUGUGACAGACCAUGUGGAGAACACACAGUCGACGACAGUGGCUGCUUGA